UGUACCCGUCCACGUCCCUGGUCCCUGUGACAAUCGCGGAAUGGCUCCCACUGAGAGAUCUUCUCUGCUGCUUGGGGACGCUCCCGGGGCCUGAAACUCAGAGAAAUCACUUCCUCUCAAAUUUCCAGAGCCCAGAGUCUGAAGGCUGAGCCCAGAGUUAUGAAAUGUGCACGCAGGAGGACUUCCAGGCUCAGAGGAGUCAGCUGGUGGGGCUGUUGGUCUCAGGGUCCCUGGAGGGCUUCGAGAGCAUCCUGGACUGGCUCCUUUCCUGGGAAGUCCUUUCCUGGGAAGACUACGAGGGACUCAGCCUCCUGGGCCAGCCCCUCUCGCACUUGGCCAGGCGCCUCCUGGACACUGUCCGGAAUAAGGGCGCUUGGGGCUGUGAACAGCUUGUCGCGGCCAUCCGGGAGGCCCAGACCGACUGCCAGGCCCCAGAGCUUUCUGGCUGCUGGGAUCCCCACUCGCCCCACCCAGCCCGUGACCUGCAAAGUCACCGGCCAGCCAUCGUCAGGAGACUCUACAACCAUGUGGAGGGCGUGCUGGAUCUGGCGUGGGAGCACGGUUUCAUCAGCCGGUACGAAUGUGAUGAAAUCAGGUUGCCCAUCUUCACAUCCUCCCAGCGGGCAAGGAGGCUCCUCGAUCUUGCCACAGUGAAGGUGAAUGGGUUGGCUGCCUUUCUUCUACGUCAUGUUCAGGAAUUGCCAGUCCCGUUGGCCCUGCCUUUCGAAGAUGCCGCAUGUAAGAAGUACAUGUCCAAGCUGAGGACCACGAUAUCUGCUCAGUCUCGCUUCCUGAGCACCUAUGACGGGGCUGAGAAUCUUUGCCUGGAGGAAAUAUACACAGAGAAUGUUCUGGAGAUCUGGACAGAGGUGGGACUGGCCGGAGCCCCGCAGAAGAGCCCUGUGACCCUGGGCCUGGAGGAUCUCUUCAGCACCCGUGGCCACCUCAAUGAAGAUGCAGACACUGUGCUGGUGGUGGGCGAGGCGGGCAGUGGCAAGACCACGCUGCUGCAGCAGAUGCACCUGCUGUGGGCUGCAGGGCGCGACUUCCAGGAAUUUCUCUUCGUCUUCCCAUUCAGCUGCCGGCAGCUGCAGUGUGUGGUCAAGCCGCUGUCUGUGCAGAUGCUGCUCUUUGAACACUGCUGUUGGCCUGACGUUGGCCAACAGGACGUCUUCCAGUUCCUCCUCGACCACCCCAACCGUGUCCUCUUAACCUUCGAUGGCUUUGACGAGUUCAGGUUCAGGUUCUCGGAUCGCGAGCGUCACUGCUCUCCCACCGACCCCACCUCUGUCCAGAAUCUGCUGUUCAACCUUCUGCAGGGCAACCUGCUCAAGAAUGCCCGCAAGGUGCUGACCAGCCGACCUGAUGCGGUGUCCGCAUUCCUCAGGAAGUACCUGCGCUUGGAACUCCACCUCAAGGGCUUCUCCGAAGAGGGCAUCGAGCUGUACCUGAGGAAGCGCCAUCGUGAUCCGGGGGUGGCCGACCGCCUCAUCCGCCUGCUCAAAGGGACCUCGGCCCUGCAUGGUUUGUGCCACCUUCCUGUUGUCUCCUGGAUGGUGUCCAGAUGCCACCAGGAACUGUUGUUGCAUGGCGGGGGCUCCCCAAAGACCACCACGGAUCUGUACCUGCUGAUCCUGCAGCAUUUUCUGCUGCAUGCCUCCCCCCCAGACUUGGUGCCCCGCGGUCUGGGAUCCGGCCUGCUUCGAGGCAGACUCCCCACCCUCCUGCGCCUGGGCCGGCUGGCUGUCUCAGGCCUGGGCACGUGCUGCUACCUGUUCUCAGCCAAGCAGCUCCAGGCGGCACACAUCGACAGGGAGGACAUUUCCCUUGGCUUCCUGGUGCACGCCAAGAGCGUUGUGCCCGGGGGCGCCGCCUCCCUGGAAUUCCUGCACAUCACCUUCCAGUGUUUUUUUGCAGCCUUGUACCUCGUGCUCAGCGCUGACCUGUCACCGUCCUUGCUCAGACAGCUCUUCAAUUGUCACCGGCCGCGCAGCUCGCUGCUGGCCCGGCUGCUGCCCCCCAUGUGCGUGCCGCGCUCAGAGGGCCAGGAGGGCGGCACGGCCGCCUUGCUGCGGGAGGCCGAGCCGCACAACCUCCGGAUCACGGCAGCCUUCCUGGCGGGGCUGCUGUCCCGGGAGCACGGCGGCCUGCUGGCCGAGGGCCAGGCGUCCGAGAAGGCCCUGCUCCAGCUCCAGGCCUGCACCCGCGGCUGCCUGUCCCGCAGCCUCCACGAGCACUUCCACUCCAUCCCCCAGGCCGUGCCAGGGGAGGCCAAGAGCAUGCACGCCAUGCCCGGGUUCAUGUGGCUCAUCCGGAGCCUGUACGAGAUGCAGGAGGAGCAGCUGGCCCGGCAGGCCGUGCGGGGGCUCAAGGUCGGGCACCUGAAGCUGACGUUUUGCGGCGUGGGCCCUGCGGAGUGUGCCGCCCUGGCGUUCGUCCUGCGGCACCUCGGGCGGCCCGUGGCCCUGCAGCUGGACCACAACUCUGUAGGGGACCUCGGUGUGGAGCAGCUGCUGCCCUGCCUGGACGUCUGCAAGGCUCUGUACUUGCGAGAUAACAAUAUCUCCGACCGAGGUGUCUGCAAGCUCGUGGAGCAUGCGCUGCAGAGCGAGCAGCUGCAGAAGUUAGCGCUUUUCAACAACAAACUGACCGAUGGCUGUGCACAACCCAUGGCCAGGCUCCUUGCAUGCAAGGGGAACUUCUUGGCAUUAAGGCUGGGGAAUAACCAUAUCACUGCCGCAGGAGCCCAGGUGCUGGCCGAGGGGCUCAGAGCCAACGCUUCCUUGCAGUUCUUGGGGUUGUGGGGCAACAAGGUGGGUGAUGAGGGGGCCCAGGCUUUGGCUGAAGCCUUGGGGGAUCACCAGAGCUUGAGGUGGCUCAGCCUGGUGGGCAACAACAUCGGCAGCAUGGGGGCUCAAGCCUUAGCAUUAAUGUUGGAAAAGAACAUGGCACUGGAAGAACUCUGCCUGGAGGAGAACCAUCUCCAGGAUGAAGGUGUGUGUUCUCUUGCCAAAGGACUUGAGAGGAAUUCAAGUUUGAAAGUUCUGAAGCUAUCCAACAACUGUGUCACCUACCUUGGGGCAGAAGCCCUCCUGUGGGCCCUGGAAAGGAAUGAUACCAUCCUGGAAGUCUGGCUCCGAGGCAACACUUUCUCUCCCGAGGAAAUUGAGAGGCUCAGCCAGAGGGACACCAGACUCUUGCUCUGAAGCCUGGGGGCCAAUGUUUAUCUCAGUUUGUUUGCGAACAGGCUGUGGGUUUAGAUCCCAGGAGCUGGAUUACAUCUGGCAGCAGCCCAUUCACACAGAGCCGUGUCCUGCCCAGGGAGGGCUGGCGCAAUGGGUCAUCUUUGUUCCGGCAGAGGAAGGAGCCACGGUGCCCUUCCGAGCAGACUUUUCUGCAGCCGACUUUUGCAUCCGGUUCUUCCCACGAUUCAGUCCAUGGAAUGUAGCAGAGGGACAGCUCCUGCCGCCGCCUCCAGCUGAUCUGACGUGGGUCAGUGGGGCCCGUGGAUGUUACUGCGUGCCCGUCACUGUCGAGACCUGGACCCACAGGAGAGGCCCCUUCCCACCUGCCUCGCAAUGAGGAGGGGGACUCAGGAAGCAACUUUCUGCCGGGUUUUAACCCCUGGGUUGUCAUCUCUCCAGGCUCUUCCCCACAUCUGGUCCCUCCACCCAUCCUGGACCCCUGCAUGGGGCACUUCCUCUGUGGGGAAGGACCCAGAAUACUGGUGUUCUCAGCUUUGAUAUUUAUAGCCUCCCCCACCCCACCCCCCACACAUACGCAGGGUGGGAAGGGCUAUAAUUUACCUGCUGCCCUUCCUGAUACUUGACCUUAUUGAAAGGGGACAUGUGACAGCCAUUUAGUUCCUCCAGCCAUUCUAGAUUUUCACUUGCUCUUAGCCAAAAGGCUGAGAAGCGAUUUUCAAGAAAAAUAAGACCACAUUACAGCUAAUAUCAUACGCAUACUUUUAUUUCCGAUGAAAUCAAUUAGUCUUCAGUUAAGCCUUUGGAAGCCACUCUCCACCCAAAUGCAGUUUUUUACAAUCAGUCCGGGCCAGAAUUUUGAGCACUCCCACCAGGGCUCUGGUUGAUGCCUGGGAGCUGGACUCUGACAGCAGACUUUUCAAAUAUAUUCAUAAGAGAUGGUUCAGUGUUAUGUGAUAGAAAGUUAUGGAUCAAAAGUUUAUAGGGGCAAAACCAAAGACUUUUCCUUAUAAGGCAGAUAUUUUUCUGGAUUUUUUUUUUUUUUACCAAAUGAUGCAUGUCGAAGCCUCUGUAAAUGGUAGGUGCUGUACAAGUGUUAUUAUUUAAACAUUAUUAUUUGUGAACACUGGUUAAUAUUUAUAAGCCACUUUGUUUUAUUCUCCCCAGUUUGUUUUUAUAAAAAACACAACCAUGGA